UUCACACUCACUGCAGAGUUUCACUACAGAACGACAGCUGCAGUCAACAUUUCAAGAGUGUCAGGACCUGAUCAUUGUCAUAUUUCUGUUGUGAAACUGUUAGGAGAUCUGUUGAAGAAAAUGUUUGACAUGUUUAUUUUCUCCUUUUUGUUCUUAUGGAAUCUGGCUGGUGUGUUUGGAGUUGAUUCAGUGAAGUCGGUGUCAGUGACGGAGGGAGAAUCAGUUCGUCUAAACUCUAAUCUUACUGAAAUACAUAGAGACGAGGAGAUAACGUGGAAAUUUAACAACAUUAUGAUAGCUAAACUCAAUAUGAAGGAAAAUACGAUCAGUGUUUAUAAUGAUAGUGCUGAAGGGAGAUUCAGAGACAGACUGAAGCUGGAUCAGACUGGAUCUCUGAUCAUCACAAACACCAGAAUCACAGACUCUGGAAAUUAUACAGUCACCGGAAAAAGCUCAAAGAUCCCACUCAACAUCUUCAGUCUCACUGUCUAUGCUCUUCUGGCCGUUCCUGUCAUCAGCAGAGACUGUUCAUCAUCAUCAUCAUCAUCUUCAUCACAGCAGAAUUGUUCAUUGUUGUGUUCAGUGGUGAAUGUGAGUGAUGUGACUCUCUCCUGGUACAAAGGAAACAGUUUAUUGUCCAGCAUCAGUGUGUCUGAUCUCAGCAUCAGUUUCUCUCUACAUCUGGAGGUGGAAUAUCAGGAGAAAAACAGCUACAGCUGUGUGAUCAACAAUCCCAUCAGUAACCAGACCACACAUCUCAACAUCACUCAACUCUGUCACACAUGUCCAGAUUGUUUCCACUGUGGUUUUACUGAAGCUGCAAUCCGAUUGGCUCUCUCUGCUCUGGUGGGCGUGGCUGCUGUUGCUGUGCUGGUUUAUGACAUCAGAUCCAGAAGUCUUCAACAGAAGAGAGAGCAGACAUCACCAUCAGACACGGAUUAAUCAGAUUCUCAGGAAUGUAGAGAUGAUUUUGAACCACUGGAGAUAUUAAAUCACAUUCCUUUGAGUAAAUAUGAUUUAGGAGUAAAUAUGAUUUAAGUGAUUAUUAAUUAAUUUUAUUAAAUUAAAAUUGCUUGUAGUUAAAAUACAGUAUACAUUUUUUUUGUAUAUAUAUUUUUACAUUUCAAAUCAUUCUGCUUUACAAAGAUAAUGCUUUGCAAACCUACUGUAAUGAAUCAAAUAGUAUCAAGUUUUUUUUCUAUUCUAUUAGGCUGUUGUAAGGUGAUUUCAGAUUCCUGCUCAUUGAGAAAAUGAUUUCUACAUCUGUAGAUUUUGGGAUAAAACUUGUUACUUAGUAAGUUUAUUUCACUAUAUUACAAUUAAAUCCUAAUGUAAUCAUUACAAACUAUAUGUCGUUGGAAAGGUUUGUUACAAAUGAUGUAGCAACAGUAAUAGAUUAAUUUAAGGGUGCACCAAGAGUCUAUGACAAAUCUACAUCAUAACAGGAGUUCUGACCUUUGUUUU